AAAAAAAAACUUCUUGUCACAAUCACAUUAAUGAUCCCAAAACUAGAAGUUUCUUCUGCCAAGGACUUCUACAUUCACUUUUUCUAUGCUGUGUUUUCUUAUCUCCAGAUUCCUUACUAAGAGGAAGCAUUUGAAAGCUAUGAUGUCCUUUUUUUAUUUUUUAUUUUUUUUAUAAGCACAAUAAUUUAUUAACAAGGUGUGCUAAGGCUAGAACCACGGAACAAAAGAUACGGCAUAUGCAAAUUGCCCAUCCCCACACCAAACCAUCUUCAAACAAAGCACAGGUGCAUGGCCUGUUGCCUCACAGUGACACUAGUUUUGUUACCAUCGUACAUGAGGACCAUGUUGGAGGAUUGCAAUUGAUGAAAGACGGAAAAUGGGUUGGUGUCAAGCCUAAUCCACAAGCUCUGGUCGUUAAUAUUGCCGACUUCUUUCAGCCAUUCGGCAAUGGUGUUUAUAAAAGCAUAAAACAUCGAGUGGUUGCUGCUGAGAAAAUAGAGAGGUUUUCUAUUGCCCCUCGGAAGAGGCAGUUAUAGAAAGCCACAUCAACCCAGCUAUGUACAGUAAAUUCACUUUAAGGGAAUAUAUAGAUGUAAAACAAACCGGGGAUAAGGUGGAACU